AAUUCUGUCAUGGAUCUGGACGAUCCGGAGGCCAAUCCGGACGAUAUCAAGGCGCUCCAAGCCAAGUUCAAGAAAGAAGUUCUGGGCACAUUCAAAGCAAGUGCAUUUUUCUACAACUGCGAUAGGUCUCGCUUCCAAAGGGUGUACAUCUUGAUUCUGGAUCUACGUUCAGCCUACGAAUGA